AUGGCCCAGUUUUCGGCUACUGUCCUUACGUUGUUAACACUAAUCGGUGGCGUGUUGUCUGGGAAUGUGCCACGUACUGCCGUCGAUCAGCGUGUGGCCGCUGUUCGGGAUAUCCUUACGCAUCUCGAAAACGCUCGCCGUUUAUUAGUUCUCGUCUGUUGGCCACCGACCAUACGUUAUCAGCUUUGGCGAGAGAUCAACGCUGGCCGUAUCCCCAUGGAGUUACAGUUCGCCACCGUCGAUUCGAACAAUCUUCCGUGGCACGACCCAGAUCGCCACCUGGUGGUCGUGGUAGCUGAUUUGGCCUGCGCUGGAACCGACCGUUUACUACAACAAUCCGGCCAUCUCCUGUACUACCGACUCCGGUGGGUCAUCCUGCACUCUGAAGGAGCCGCGGUACGUUCGGCGAAGGGUUGGAAAAACUGUUCCGAGUAUUCAACCUUGGACGAUCUGCCGUUGUUGGUUAGCAAUGAGGUGUACUAUUUCUGCACCGAUCCUUCCACUGGCCAGCAUUUGGUGCGGCAGCAGUAUCGCUUAUCCCGGACCGGUCCAAUCACCGUCGAAACGGUUGGUCCUUGGGAACCCACAAAAGGUGUCGUUGUCGCAGGGCCUCGUGCCGUAACGUACGUUAGACGAAGGAAUUUCAACCAAUUCCAGCUCCGUGCUUCAUUGGUUCUACAGUUUAACGACACAGUGAAUCAUUUGAACGACUACAGCAACAAACACCGUGAUACGCUGUCCCGCAUUUCGUACCACUUGACGAAUUCGGUAGGGCUUCACCUAAACGCGUCCGUACGCUUUACUAUUGUCACCUCUUGGGGCUACCGGAACGCUACUACGGGCCUUUAUACUGGCAUGAUCGGCGAACUGCAGACUGAUCUUGCUGAUCUCGGAGCCAGCUCAUUAUUCUUCACUCCCGAUCGGAUUCCGGUAAUCGAUUAUCUCUCGAUGCCCAUCAAGGCCCGCGUUGGCUUAAUAUUUCGGGCACCGAAACUCUCCUACACGGACAACGUGUUCGUUUUACCAUUCGAACGAUACGUGUGGUACAGCACCCUAAGCUUCAUCGUGCUGUCUGCACUCCUGAUGGCGUUAGUGCUUCGCUGCGAACAGCGGUACACCGGGCGGCCAGAGCCACUGGCAGCUCAGGAUUCUUUCGGCCUGUCGGACACGGUGCUCAACUCGUUCGGAACCACCUGCCAGCAAGGAUCGUUCAUCGAGCCGAAAAGGGCUGCCUCACGGUGUUUGCUCCUGAUCUGUCUGGUACUGCUGAUGUUUUUGUACGCCAGCUACUCGGCCAACAUUGUCGCCAUGAUUCAGUCGCCCUCAACGAAGAUACAGACGACGAAGGAUUUGUUGGAGUCACGCAUGAAAGUCGGUUCCGAUGACACAACCUACAAUCGGUACUAUUUCCGGCAUUCUACGGAACCACUGCUGAAGGCACUGUACGAUCAAAAGCUAAAGAACAAAGAUGGAUCGGAAAACUUCAUUCCAUUGAGACGUGGUAUAGAGCUGGUACAGCAAGGAUUGUAUGCGUUCCACGUAGAGCUCGGCAUCGCCUAUCUGUUGAUCAACGACCUGUACCAAGAAGGUGAAAAGUGUGACCUAAAGAAGGUGGAUUCCUACAAAUUGAUUGACCCCUACUACGCGGUACAAAAAAACACGUCUUUCCGCGAAUCGGUGCGCAUCGCUUUGUUCAGAUUGCGCGAAUUCGGCAUUCAGGAGCGGGAGCACUCGCUACUCUACACAAAGAAGCCGCGCUGUUCCGGUGCCACAAGUUUCGUGCCGAUUUCGAUCGUGGAUAUCUGGCCAGCGCUAGCUAUAUUUGGCUGGGGAUGUCUCUUAGCGGUUAUGACGCUAGUGGCCGAGCUGUGGGUGCGGUCCCAAAUGUAUCACACACUGAAGGCGUUCCUUUGCUUAAAGAAAGCAAACAGAUAA